AUGAACAGGCCCGAAUGGGGAAUUUGGAUUGCAAAACACGAAUGGGUUCGGUUUGGCCGUCUUUUCUCGGGAUUCUGGGGAUGGUGUUGUGAAGGGCUAUCAAGUACAAGAUACUUGUUGGCAGCGUUGAAGUCAGACGAGGCUGUGUUGGUCAUUGGUGGCUCACGUUUUUCCGACAGCGGCCACGUGAGGAACGCCUUGUCGAGGCUCACGUACUCGGUACAUGUGCCAUGGAGAAAACGGAGAAUCAACACAAAUCACAGCCUCUACUUCGUAUUGACAUGGGCUGCUGGCAAUUCCCUCCCAUCUCGCCGACUACUUCGUAUGCUCGCCGACUAUGCUCUACCCUGUCACGGAGGCGAGUCUCGCAAACGGUCAGUGAGGGGGAUCUGCACGCCCGUUCUCUACGGCAUUUCACACAGCUAUACGAGUAUCCGCGCAUGCACGUCCAGACAAAAUAAACAGCAGCUGUCAAGCUUUCUGACCGAGCGGGCCUAA